AUGACAGUUUGGUACAAGCCAGCGCAUAAACUCCAUGUCGAAAAUAUCCGCUUGGGACUGCGUCCCAUGGAAUUCUGGAAGGAGAUACUGGAUGCUAAAACCAUUCCCAACGAUCUGGAAAAGAAGAUAGAGUACGAUGCGGCUUUUCUAACCGGUUCUGCUAUUGUUCAAGCGUAUCAUGUUAUGAUCACGAAGGGACUUGAGUAUUCCUAUGUGAGCACUGGGCUAGCAUUGAUCAUGUUGCGAGUCCCCUACGACACUCCGGGUACCCUGUACUACCGUCUCUUUGAGCCCAAUAGGGAAAUCACUUCACAAGAUGACAAAAGAUUCACGGCUCCAUUAACAUCCGUGGCGCGUGUCCUGGGUCUGUGUCUAAUGAGCUGUAGCUCGACACUUCGUGAUCAGAAUUGGCGAGAUACGGCAAAAAGGGACCUGCCGAUUUGGACAGCAAGCUUCAAUACCACACCUUUCAGAGCCACGCAAACUGAGUUGAACGCAAGUCCGGCUGCUUUGCGGAAUCCUUACACCGCAACCGUCGAGGACACCUCCGCAGACACCUCGACAAAGUGCCAGCCAUCCCAAUUUUCUAUUAUGUCGCCGACAGAAGACUGCAGGAUGCCGACUCCGACUCGUAUGCGGCGCCACCUAACCCCAGACGCAGAUACCAAUACAGGCCCCAGGAGACAAAAGCGUCGAGUCAGCGAGAAUGCUGAGCCAUCGGGGGUCCAAAAAGACUCUAAAAGUAGCGGAAAAGUCUCCCACAAAGAUAUAGCCCAAUUUUGUACCCAGCGUUGUUUGCUUGGUCUGCAGUAUGGGAGAAGUCUGGACAAACAGUGUCCGAACGUGGCGCUGCACCGGCUAGGUGCAAAUGGCGACCACCACCAGAUUCUUCCUGGUAAGCUGGUCCAAGAAAUCGAGAAGCAGCUUAAUAAAGAAGUUGACCAUGGAUGCACGCCCAUCGGUGGCUGUGCGUCAACCGGCCCACUUUUUAAAAUCACAUUUUCGACACUUGGGUAUACUGUGGUUGGCAAAGGAGCCUCAUCUGAUCGUUGGAAGGAAAAAGUCUCUCAUGAAGCAGACAUUUACCGCAUACUUCACCAAGCGCAGGGAUCUGCAGUCCCUGUUGUUCUUGGGACAGUUGAUCUGAAAAUGACUUACUUUUCGCAUGAAGCCGAGAUUAACCACAUGCUCCUCAUGGCUUGGGGAGGAGAGCAGAUCGAGAAUUGCGAGGACAAGUCCUUCAAACGCGAAGUCAAAAGAUCUGAAAAGGAGAUCCGCUCUCUUGGGGUCAUACAUCAUAAUAUCAAGCCCCAGAACACGUUGUGGAACCCCGAGCUACGCCGGGCGUUGAUUAUUGACUUUGAUCGUUCGCAACUCGAUUCACUUCCAAUCGAAAAGCGGCAAUUCUUGAUGGGGAAGAAAAUCCGCGACCCCUACGGCCGAAAGCGACCAUCUUCAGUUCCACUCGAGUAA